UUGAAGGGUUGCUUUCCGAUCUGACCGCCAUGCCGCCUGACUGCACGAGAACUGAGACCACUGCCGUAAUAAUUGCUAAUGCCAAAUUGCUUAUCACAUGUACAGCUAUAAUCGCAGGAUUAUCUCCUAUAAAUUUUUCGCCUCUGUGCGGUUAAAUGGGAAAAGGACACUUGCCGAAAAUAUAGCAGACAACGGAGGUCUGCGACAGGCUUAUAAAGCAUUUUCAGCAUGGAAAAAGAACCAACUUCCAACUGAAAAACUUCCUGGAUUAGAAAAUUUCUCAACUGAACAGUUGUUUUUCUUGUCAUAUGGAUCAAUUUGGUGUACAAAAUAUGCAAAAGGAAUGCUAAAUUACACAAUCAAAGAAUCUGACCAUGCUCCAGCUCCAUAUCGUUUGAGGAUCACCACAGAAAACAUGGAAGAAUUUUCAGAAUCUUUCAAGUGCCAUGCAAAAUCUCAACGACAAGCUGUAAAUCACUGUCUUAUUUGGUGAAAAAAAUUAUUUUUUGUAAAUAAAGUUUAUUUAAUCUUA